AUGGGCCGUCCCUCACAAUAUUUCGGCAAUUUCAAAACUCGAUUGUGGCCCGAAAGAAGUUUCAGUAUCCUGCGGAGGGAUCAGGACGGAAAUGCGAUCUGGCCUGCACCCAAGAGUCAAAUUGAGAAAGCAAAGGAUUUCCUCCGUGAAUGUGCUGCCGCUCGUAAACGGACUCUUAUCGUCCCUGAUAAAGAUGCCGAUGGUCUUGCUGCUGGAGCUAUCAUAAGAAAAACCCUCAUCUUGCUCGGCCUCCAUCCCAAGCUGAUAUCGUGUUACACGAUGACCAAAAACAGCUUACUACACUAUGCGGAUUCUCGCGCAAACAUGGAAGCUUACAAUCCAUCUUACAUCAUUGUCCUCGAUCAAGGCUCAUGGAAAUCAGAGCCUGUUAUCGACUCACCCCAUCGCGCUGCGAAGCUCAUCAAUGCUCCUCGCCGAACUGCAGACUACGAUGUCCCUAGAGCCUGGCAAGUAUUGAUCAAGGCCUCAUCACCCAUAGACCUUGUCAAGAAUAAGUUCUUAAAGGAAGCAAGGACCAAAGUGAUACAUGAAAUGAAGAGGGCCGAUCGCCUGGUGCCCUUGUUUUCUGCUGAUAAAAAAAUCGCAGUUAUCCGCAUCAAAUCGAAAGCACAGAUUCAUGCUCUCAUUGCAGAACGCCAGGCUCGUCAAUUGUCUUCAAGAGAGCUCCAAGUCGUGAUGGUAGCGAAUGAAGGCUACGCACGAGGCGUUGUCAACUAUUCGUGUCGCGUUCCAACGUGCGCCAGGGGCAGAGAUCCUCCUGUCGACAUCCCAGAAAUUCUUAGUCGAGCAGCAGAUGGGGCAGACGACGAUACGCUGAGAGAGCGAUUGGGACCUAGGUUUGCUGUUGGUCACAAGAACGCAAGCGGCGGAAUGAUUCCUCAAACUGCAUUCGAGGAUUUCUUGCAGGCCAUCGGAGCUUCAAGUGACAAAAAGCCAUCGCCUUCGCCGAGGAAGUCAGGAUAG